AUGAGACUAUUCAUCCAAGGCGCUGCAAUCACGGCCUUGUUCAUUGCAAUGGCAUCGGCUGCACAGAGCGGUAUUUUCACCGCUGACGGGGUCGAACUUGAAAUUUACCAAUCUGGCGAGGAUAUCAUGUACGGAGAGCCUGCGAGGGAUCUUGAGGGCCGAGCAACCAACGCGUGCACCAAGUGUGUUGGCCACCAUGGAAGUUGUGUUGUAGGAGAGGGGAACUGCUAUUCUCCUGAUACAUGUGCAUUCUGUGGGGGCUGUUCUGUCAACCAGGCCCGUUGCCAGAACCCCCAGAAGGAAGGCUGCCAGUGCUACAAUUGA